AUGCACAGCUGUUAUUACUACUUGAAAAACAAUACUGUUACAGAACAAGACAAAGUGAACCUUCAAGCAUUCCCUGUGAUAUAUCUUCUCGAAAGUGAUGUCAUGGUUAGGGCAAGAGAUAUUGUCAUUGACCUUCAUAAAGAUGAAGCCAUUCGUGGAUACAUUUUCCAACCACCUGUAUAUUUUGGUCAAUUUUAUUCUGUUUUUGAAAGCCUUGGUGCAAGUAAAAAUGUAUCGGCCAAUCAUUAUGCUGAGGUGUUGGAGAAAAUGCACCAAAAACUUGGAACAGAUAAAUUAAAUGCCAAUGAGUGGCUUCUGGUUCAAAAAGCAGUGCUUAUGCUAUUCAAGUGUCUAACAGAUGAUAACUAUGUAUCAGACAUUUCAAUUUCUACCUUGUAUCUCCCAAGCAAAUUGCAUACUCUUGUUUGUGCAAGUGACCUUGUGCUGUCAAACAGCUAUGUACUUCAGACUAGAGUGGAAUCACUGGGUUUGACCUACUUUAUAGGAUUUAAUGAACUCAAGUUAGAUGUAACAGAUCCUGUUGGGAGAAUGCGAUCUCUUCCAGAACGACACAGACCACAGAUAUUAACAUCACUAGUCCAAGAACACAUAACAACCGAAUGUCAGAAGCAGGCUUACACUGGUGUCUAUGCUAGUAAGUAUAUGCGCACUAUAAAAUCAUCUCCUUUUGUCUCUGGUGUCAUCCGGCUUGUUAACCAUCAGCUAAACAUGAAUCACAACAAGCCAAUAUCUGAUGAUCAAGCCAAGCAGAUAGACAACAUGUUCCAGAAUGUACAGCUGUGGGAAGUAAAUGAUUUAAAGACUCAUUUGGUAUAUUCAAAGUCCAUUGUACCAAAUAGUGAAUCCAGCAAGAAAUGUUUUGAGGAAUCAAUUUGCCAUAAAGACACAACUGAGUCUACGAUUUGCUUAUACCUAGACACACGUGCAUGCCAAUGUGAAUCUAAAAUGUGUUGUCAAAUAUCACAAAAAAUUGACAGAAUGUUAAAAGGACAGAUUGGAAGUGCAGCAACACAUAUGGAAAAAAUGCUUCUCAUGGAUGGGGGAGAUAUAGCCUCGUAUUUGGAUGAGCAUGAAAUAAUAUCUUCAAAUUUUAGACAUAACCAGUCUAAUACACCUGUGUUUCCACCACCUGGAACUCUCAUUCCUGAAGAGUUUCACUGGAUGCUUGACAACAAUUUUGAUGUUUUGUUUGAAGAUGAGUAUGUUGGCCUGGAAGUCUAUGAUCCACUGAUUGAUGAAGCAGGAAAAACAGCAGAAGAAUCAUUGAACGCAGUCUACAUUUAUGCUAUUGUCAAAGGCAUUACAAAUAAACAUGCAUGUCCCAUGAUGAUGAUGUAUCUAGUUGAAGUUGGAGAUGGAAGAAUAGAGGAACUACAUGGUACAAAACUGUACAAGUUAUGCAGAGAUAAAAGCAGUACUGGACAAGAACUUGUUCUUUCUAGUGCAUCUCCAUCUUCACCAGAUGAUGCUGAACUUGAUCUAAAUGAAAUCUUGAAGAAAAUUCGCCAGACACUGAAAGAAGCCUGGGCUAGUUUAGAUGUGAAUGGACGAAAGAGGGUAAUCAAACGGUUGUAUCUGAAAUGGCAUCCAGACAAGAACAAUGCAAGUAAAAAAGACCUCUGUACCAAAGUAUGCCAGUACAUUCAGCUUUAUAUGUCCAAACUAGACAAUGGUGAAAGCAUAGAUGAUAUUGAUGAAAAAGACACAAAGCGUCCCCCAACAUAUAAUAAGCACUCUUCGUUCUUUGAUUUUAUGGAUAGAAGGUCUAGUUCACACAGGAGUCAUUACAACAACUACAGGAAACGUAAUAAACACCAGGGUGGCUCAUCC